AUGACGCUACAGAGUCCCUAUUUCACAUCCACAGAACAAUGCGAUUACAACGAUUGCUUGAUAUUUUAUAACAUCCGUUGUAAACUCUCUCUCUCUCUCUCUCUCUCUCUCUCUCUCUCUCUCUCUCUCUCUCUCUCAAUCUCCAUCGCCUGUUCGCGCGUUCAAGAAUGCUGGGAAAACGAGAAGACGAUCCGGCGUCGGUCUGUAAGAUUUUCAAUCAUUCUUGCUUUCUUUGUUCUCAUCCCUAAUGAUUAUCUAUCUAUCUAUCUAUCUAUCUAUCUAUCAUACAAAUAUUCACUAGUAGCAGUGGUCGUCUUCCCCUUCUUUGAUUUUCUUGCUUCUCUUCUCCCCCUCCUCCACCCUCUCUUUGUUUCGUUCCAUCUCUUUCUUGUCCUUCUCCACCUAAUUUAUUUUACUAAUGCCUCAAAUUUUUCUUUUCUUCUGUUCAUAUUCAUUUUCCCCUCUACGUCGACGUUACUCUUUUUUACUUCCUCCUUCCGGCUUCUUCUUCUUUUACUUUUUCCUAAAUUUAACAGAUUAAUUUGCAAUGAAACGAAAGAAAAAAAAAACUUGAAUGGUAAUAAAAACAAAUUAAUAGCUACAAUUUCAUUUCAUCUCUUUUCGAAAUCUAUUUCCAUGUUUAUUGCGAAUUUGUUUUACAGGCUGCAUUUAUGA